AUGCUCAGACAUCUCAAUCUCCCUCUCGCCGCAUCCCUUCGGCACGCACGGCCCAACGCCAUCGCCUCCUCGUCAACACGCCAGCUGUCCUCUGCGGCGCAUCUUUCCUCGACUCCAUCACCAUCACGCUGCUCUUACACAUUCUUGCGCAAAGGCAAGCUGAAAGCCGAUGGUGCAUGGGUGCACCCAUCUCCCCAGCUUUCCCACCCGGCUUCCGUUGGCGUUAGCUCUAUCACCUUUCCACAACAUAGGAAUAGUGGGGGAGCACCCCAGGUCACGCUGCUGCGGCCCGGCGCUUCAUCAACAUUGCGGUACCGAGGAAGGUUCAAUGGGGCUCGAGGACAGAUGUUGUUGAAAGCGCGCAACUUCCAUGCUACAUCACGUCGUCAAGCACUGCCCCUUGUACCGGCAAUCGGUGCCCUCCUCAAGGGAACCUCGCUACUCGCCCUAACGACGGGCGUGUCAAGAUUACUCUUGUCGUUCUUCCCGAUCGGGACGCUUGCCAUGUUCCGCUUCCGCCGUGGUGUGUCUUGGCUCGCCAAAGAUAAGCGUAUUCCUAAAGCUUCGCCUGAGGCGGAGGAGUUCUGGAAGAUGUGGUGCGAAGGGGAGAAAGGUGUGUGGCUGUCGCAGGCCGACGCCAUCUCUCUCGUCGAGGCCCCCGAAACACCAGGUGGCGACCUGAUAUCUCCUGACGGGCGGAUUGCGUACGCCUUGCCGAUGCGCCCCACUACCAAGGAGCGGUGGCGCGAUAAGCAGCCUACCAAGCCCGAAGACAUCGAGGAGCACACUGCCGCCCACGCCAAAUGGGUCAAGAAGAUGGCAGCGAGCCUGCGACGCGGCUAUUUCUUUCUGCCGCCCUUGCCGCCUGUGAGCGUGCGGUACUACAACGAGCUCUCGACGCGGGAGCAGCACGAGGUUGACGCACUCCGGCAGUACUGGGUCAGCUUGCGCAUGUUCAAGGACCGGCUUUACAUGAUGCGGUGGAUCGUUACCUUGCUCUUCUUUAUGCCCGUCCUCCUCCUCAUGGGCGUAUGGGCGACGGCGCUUGAACGCGUCCCUCUCACGGGGCGAUGGCGGUUGAUUCUUCUCACAGCCGAUGAAGAGGACAUAGUGGCCUCAAGUCUCGAGGGCGCCAGUUGGUACAAGAGUGUAAUCAACCUCCUGACAACGCCGGAGAAACCUGCGCCCCCUAUCGUGCCCCUAAAUGACUGGCGGUGGGCCUGGGUUCAGAACACUCUGCGCCGGCUCGAGGCCGGUGUGCUCACAGCGGUGGAGCGUGUUGAUGGCGGAGAGAUGGGCCGCCCGAUCGACGCCGAGGAGGACAGCCUCUGGCCCCCGCCGUCCAAGUAUCCCCUCCGACCGAGGGUACGCGCUUCAGCACGCAUGCACGCCGCCCUGCCUGGAAGUGUCAAGGACGCGGGAUGGGAGCACAUGGAACUGGGUCCGCCAUACAACGUGAUGCUCAUGGACGCGCCUGACCGCAACGCCUUCUCCUAUGGCUUCGGAGGUAAGGGCGCGGGCGGAAUAGUAAUCUUUACGGGUCUUCUCGACGAAAUCCUAGCACACAAUGGCACACCGCCAGCCUCGACGGAAACGCCCAAGUCCAGAGGCUUCUUUGACGGGCUGUUCUCGGCCACGCCUGUGCCGCCGAAGCACGCACCGCCGACCGAGGAGCAGACUUUACACCUCGCCAUGGUGCUCGCGCACGAGAUGGGCCACCUUCUUCUCUCGCACCACCUGGAGACGCUCUCGCAUCAGCAGGUACUGUGGCCGAGCGUGCUAGGCCUGCAGAUCGACAUCAUCCGAGCGAUCAUUUGGCCGUUCACAAUCUUCUUCGGGCCGGCGGUGAACGACGCCCUUGCAAGUCUGGGACGUGCAACGGCCGAGGAGAUGAAGGAGCACUUCGGGCACGUGGGCUUUGAACGUCGGCACGAGCACGAGGCGGACUUGGUUGGCAUGCGGGUGCUCGCUCACGCGUACUUUGACCCCCGGCGGGCCGUGGAGAACUUUGCGGGCAGCGUUGCCUCGCUCGAGGAGAUUGGACGGGGGGAAGGCUCGCUGUUGGACAUGAUCAAGCUGUGGAGCUGGUCGGGCCACCCGACGCCGAGUGAGCGCGCAGCGACGAUGCGCGAUGAGCUGGACAGGUGGGCUAAGCAUGAUGCGGAGGUGCUUGCUGCCGCGCGGCGGUUGCAGGGCGGACGCGCAGCGUGA